AUGCUGAAGAAGCAACGCAGCAAUACCUCCCUCAUCAAGCUCUUCCCAAGGAACUUCAUUGAAGUUAUGGAUUCAUCACCCAAAUCCUUGAAGGCACUUGAUCAGAAAUGUCAUCUUAUGGAGCAAACACCGGAUUAUGAUUAUGGUGUUGACAGAGUUUCCGAUUUGCCAGACGACAUACUUUGUCACAUACUAUCUUUUCUUCCCACAAGAUUUUCAGCGGCUACUACGUUCUUGUCAACUAGUAAUGGUAAAUAUGAGGUUGUGUUCGAUACCCCAGCUCUUAGUGUCCUCGAGUACUAUAAUGUUGUAGCCCACGCCUAUUCUUUAAAGAACUGGGGUGGUCUCUGUGAAGCUCACCUAGACCUUUGGGUCACUGAGGAACAAUGGGAAGAAGGUAGAUGGAAUUACUGCCAAAAUAUAGCAGAGUUCGUUGCAGCAUGCUCUGGUGUAGCCACUUUGUCCUUGUCUCAGAGUUGCAUAGUGGUGAGUGAGCUUCCUUUACUCUUUCAUGCUUUAAUCUCAUCUUCAGAGGGUGUUUUGGAUGGUAAGCCCAUGGCACAAGUACUCAAGCUUGGGAUGGACAGGCCAACCUUUCAUGUUGGCAAGAAUCUGUUUGUGGAACUCUCCCUGUUGCUUGCCAUUAACUGUAGUAGCCGAUUGCUGCCCAAAUUUAGUUCUUUAUGCACAUUGACGCUUGAAGAUAUUGAAGAGAAUGGAUGGAAUUUAUUGCCACGCUUACUUGAAAGUUCGCCUAAUCUAGAGGUUCUUAAUUUUGAGCGG